AUGAAAUCUUUUAUUCCUAUUCUGGCCUUCGCGGCCGGCGUGUCGGCAACUUUCAGACACGCCCCCCCUUUCACUUGCCCUGGUAACACGGACAACAAGUGUACCGACAAGCAACGGCCCGGGUUCAACUGGGACGACUUGGACAUCGGCGACUUCUUCGACUAUGGCGACUUCAACUUCCAAGGCUGGUCUUGCCAGAAUGGUGGUGGUGGUGGCGGCCGUGGCCGCUUUGCCCCGCGUACCGGCCAGAAGGUCAUCGGAGGCACAUGCUCGUCUGAGAAGCACAACUCCCCCUCGUUUGGCUGUGGCCCUUCGAUCGACCGGUUUUCGCUGAGCUCGAUCCACGUCAAGCCCGAGUUCGACUGCGACUUGGAGUUCCACUACGACAUGCCGGACGGAUCGACUUGCAAGCACCGCAGCGCCUGCAAGAGCUCGGGUACUACGGUCGUGAACAACCAGUGCGGUGGUGCUAAGAACGUCACGGUGGUUUUCCCCCACCAGCCGGACAAGCCGAAGCCGAGCUGCAGCAUCCAGGUUCCCACCAUCUCGUUCGACUGCAGCACCGCGUCCAGCACCAAACCGCCCAAGACCACCACCGCCGAGGCUUCCACCACCAUCUCCCCUCCUCCGGUCGAGGCCACGACGACCACCGAGGUGAAGGAGACCACAACCACCAGCCCCCCACCUGUCGAAGAGACAACCACCACCAAAACCCCUCCUGCCGAGGGGACGACCACUACUACCCCGCCUCCUGCUGAAGAGACGACGACCGCCAGCCCCCCUCCGGCAGGGGAGUCAUCGACAUCGACCUCCUCCCCCGAGCAGCAGACCAGCGACACCAGCGCCGUGGUUGUUCCUCCCCCCGUGACCAGGACCAUCAUCACCAGCUACGACAGCACUUCCACCGUGUUCACGACCAGCACCGCUACCGUCACUUCGUGCGCACCCGAGGUCCCCGACUGUCCGGGCGACUCGGUGGUCACUACCGUUGUCACCAUCGCCGUCUCGACCACCAUCUGCCCGGUCACUGAGACCCGGACCACCAUUGAGAGCACCACCAGCGUCGAGAAGCCUCCGAGCAAGACCACCACCACGGAGAAGAAGCCCGGCUCCAGCGAAGCUGCCAGCAGCUCGUCGUCCGGUGCCGAGGUCCCUCCUACCACGUCCACCACCGUGCGUGGCCCUGGCAGUCCCGGCGGUCCCGGCAGUUCUGCCGGUGCCACCACCACUGCCCUCUCCCCCGUCGAAACCCUCCCCUGCCCGGGCGUCGUCCCCUCCUGCCUGAACACCUUCAUGUUCACCGUCGGCUGCAAGGACAACACCGACGCCGCCUGCUACUGCCCGGACGCAACCUUCGUCAAGACCGUCUUCAACUGCCUGUACGCCCACGGCGAGACCGACGAGAUCAUCGCCGAGGCCGUCGCCUACUUCCAGGGCAUCUGCGGCAAGUGGAUCGGGUCCAACCCGGGUAUCGCCACUGACGCUACCGUCACCACCUACAUCACCGUGACCGCCGCGCCGACCGUCGCGCCCGUGUACACGACCAUUGUCGUCGACGUGACCACCGUCGUGCCGUGCACGGAUGACAACGGGCAGGAGAUCCCUUCGUCCAGCACCACUGUCACUGUCAACACCAGUGUUACCGUGCCCCAGGUCGGUUUCACCACCGGCACCUCGGACGAGGUUGGUGUUGGCCCGGUUACUGGCGCCCCUACUGAUGGGCCUGGGGCGACUGGCUCUGCGGCUACUACCGCGGCUAGCGCCACGGGCACUGGUGGUUACUUCCCGAGUGGUACUACUACCGGUUCUGUCCCGAUCCCGACGGCUGGUGUUGGUCGCGUGGGUGCUAGCUUUGGGCUGGUGGUUGCUGCUGUGGCGGCCGUUGUUGUUCUCUAA